AUGGUUUCAUUAAAUAUUGAUUCAAUUGGUAUUAUUGGUGCUGGUCCAGGUGGAUUAGCAUCUCUUUAUGAAUUUUUACAUACAAACAAAGAUGGUACUUCUACAGUAGGUACUGGUAAAAGAGCUGAAACCCCAGCUUUUUCUAAAAUUGUUGCUUUUGAACAAAAAGAUCAUGCUGGUGGAAUUUGGGCUCCUGCUACUCCUGAUGCUGAUUUACCUAUUCCACCUCAAGAAAUUUUAAAUACUGGGAAAUUUAAUGAUCCAGCUAUAAUUAGACCAAGAAAUGAACCACCUCAAGAAAUUAAUGGUGCCACUAAAGAAACCCCAAUUGUUGUUGCUGUUCCUAAAUCUAAAUCUAAAACCAAUGAUAAUUUACAAAAUGAAUUAGAAUGGAAAAGGAGUGGAGUUUAUCCAUAUUUAUCAACUAAUAUUCCUAGUAGAUUUACAAGAUUUAGUUAUUUACCCGAUGAAGAAAAAUAUCAUGAUAAAUCAAGACCUAUUUAUCCAUUUUUAUAUCAUCAAGAAUUAUCACAACGAUUCACUGAUUUUGUCAAUAAUGAAAAUUUACAUGAAUUUAUUCGAUUAAAUACCACUGUGGAAGAUGUUUAUAAAAAUGAAGAUACUGGGAAAUGGAUCAUUAGUGUAAGACAUAAAAAUCCAAUCACCGGUGCUAAUGAAUGGUAUCAAGAAGAAUUUGAUGCUAUUGUAGUUGCUAAUGGUCAUUAUACAAUUCCUUCUAUCCCAGCAUUCCCUGGUUUAGCUGAAUUUAAUGCUAAUUAUCCUGAUGUUUUAAUUCAUGCUAAAUCAGUUCGUGAAUUAGAUGAAUUUAAAGAUAAAGAUGUAUUAUUUGUUGGUGGAUCUAUUUCUACCGCCAAUAUCAUUCAAUAUAUCAUUCCCGUUGCUAAGUCAGUAACAAUUUCUAAACGUAGUAAGAAUUUAGUGUUUGAUUAUAUUAAUCGAGCAUUAGUGACACCAGAAAUUGAUCAAAGAGGUGAAAUCGUCAAAUUUGAUCCUAAAACCGGAAAAGUUCAUUUUGUCGCUAAUGAUUAUGGUAAUGGUGGUGAACCCAAAAAAUUUGAUAAAAUCAUUUUAACUACUGGUUAUCAUUAUCAUUAUCCAUUUUUAUCCAAAUAUUUUGAAGUGGUUAAUCCAAGUCAUUUAUCUCGUGUUAAAGGAUUAUAUUAUCAUACUUUUAAUCAACAAGAUCCAACUAUUGGUGCCACGGGGAUUCUUGUAUCUCAUUUGAAUUUCCAUACUAUUGAAGCUAGUGCUGCUGCUUUAGCUGGUGUUUGGUCUGGCGCUAAAGAAUUACCAACUUUGAAAGAACAACAAGAAUGGGAAAAUCAAGAAGUUGAAACUAAAGGUGAUUCAUUAUUUUUCCAUUUCUUAGAUCAUCAUAAUGCUCAAGAACAUUUUGUUGAUAAAUUGUAUCAAUUUGCUCCUAAAAAUAGAUAUAAUCCAUUAGAAAAGGAAGGUCCUUUAGUUGGUGAAGUCGAUGAAGGAGUUGAUAAAUUGGAAAAAUUGUUCUACGAUAUUAAAGAUAAAAAGCUUGGUAUUGAUGAUGUUCUGUUACCAUCUUUAGAAAAACUUUCAAUUGAACUGAAAGCUUAA